CAAACCUCCAAGAUGUUUUGGGACAUGAAAGAACGUUGCGAAGUUGUGGUGGAAAUCUCCAUACACAUAGUCCUGUAGCAUGGCGUAUAAAGAUGGAAUCGCAACUGUCCUUCCUUAACGCAACAGCUUGUCAGCUACUCUUCACUCUCCUUCAUCACCGCAGAACAACUUCCUCGUAAUCACGAUGACAGAUCGCAGCUUCUUUAAUCUCUCUUUCCUCGCGCUCUUAGCAUUGCCCGCAGUCUCUUCCAGUGUGGUUCCUAUCAUCGGACCCCACCGUUUCGAUGUCGGUAUUUCGACUGCAGCACUGACCGACACUGGGCGCGUUGAUCCUUUUGCGAAAGAUGGAGGUCCUCGCAGAAUCAUGGUCUCCACCUUCGCACCUGUUGCCAACUGUCGCAACAAGAAAGUCGAAGCGUAUAUGCCGCCAGCGACUGCGGCAUUCGAAGACGAGAAGUUCGCCGCCUAUGGCCUGCCAAAUGGGUCGUUCUCCGCUUUGCAACUCGAGACUUGCAAGUCCAUCACAAACCGAUCAACCAAGAGAAACUCGUUCCCGCUCGUGAUAUUCUCCGGCGCCCUUGGUACUUCACGUCUGCUGUACAGCGGCAUGCUGCAAUCGGUGGCCGCGGCCGGCUAUCUUGUGGUCUCGCUGGACCACUCCUACGAUUCCGACGUAGUCGAAUUUCCGGGAGGCAACAUCGUCCAGGGAGUCGACAUCAGCGACGAUGCCCUCGACCUCGCGCUCUCUGCCCGCGUGGCAGACAUCACCUAUGUCUAUCAACAACUCCAGAACCAGACCUUCGCAAACGCAAUCCUACCGGGAUACAGCCGUGCAUGCGCGCCGUCUCUUCGCAAGACAGCCGUGAUUGGCCACUCCUUCGGAGGCGCCGCUGCCGCCGCCGCAAUGCUCGCAAUCCCGUCUAUCCGCGGCGGCAUCAACCUUGACGGCUCGCUGUUCGAGCCCGUCAUUUCGUCUGGCCUCAAGCAACCGUUCAUGCUCAUGGGCCACGAGAAUAAGACGCAAGAGACCGAUCACACGUGGAAGGCGACCUGGCCCAAACUGGCCGGGUGGAAGAGGGAGUUCGAGGUGAAACACACUGCGCACUAUAGUUUCUCCGACUUUCCGCUUAUCACGGAAGUACUGGGCUUGCAGGGACAUUUGCCGGAGGAAGUUGGCCAGUUGCUGGGUACGAUUGAGGGGGCGAGGAUGAUGAACCUUACGGUGUCGUAUAUCACAGCGUUCCUUGAUCGUGUGCUAAAGGGAGAAUCUGGGCGUCUCUUAGACGGCGGUAAGGAGUUUCCUGAAGUGGUUCUGCGCGCUAAGUAAUGUAGGGUAGUGUGUAUGGCUUUCACUGGAGAAGGGCAUAAUUAUUGCCCGUGCAGCUCUGACUUCGUGAUAGUAAUAACACCACAUGUAUCAGCGACACUACAAGCUUGAUUCCGAGUUGCUAUACAAUAUGACUUCAUCCCCUCCCUAAAUGUUGC